AUGGGAGUGAAAAAGGGAGAUAUUCCUGUUGUGGAUAUUUGCAAAGAGGACUUGAACUAUAAGCGGACAGGAAGAAGGAGAAGGAUACAGGAUAAGGAAUGCGAAGAGGAAGAUGUCCUGCCGAAGGAACGCAAUGCCUCCUCUAUAACCGGUUCCUCAACAGUCCGCGAAAGUUCACAGUUCACCGGAGCUGGUCUCAUUAACCUAUUACAUUCAUUUUAAAUAUUAGUU